CACGUGGACAUGUGAAUCGUGAUGCAGUGUUAUGAAUUUGGAGUUACAUUCGUCACAGGGGUAACAGUAAAAUCUAACUGCAGUGAACCGUUAUAUCCGCCAACAGAUACAACAGUUAUAAACACUUAUAACGAUUGUUACCGCCAACGGAUUCAACAGCAAACAGUUAUAGCCGCCAACAGACACAACAGUGAACCGUUAUAACAUCAACAGAUACAACAUUGACCCGUUAUAACGUCAACGGAUACAACAGUGAACCGUUAUAAGGUCAACAGACACAACAGUGAACCGUUAUAACGUCAGCAGAUACAACAUUGACCCGUUAUAACGUCAACGGAUAGAACAGUGAACCGUUAUAACGUCAACAGAUACAACAGUGGACCGUUGUAACGUCAACGGAUACAACAGUGAACCGUUAUAACGUCAACAGACACAACGUCAACAGAUACAACAGUGAACCGUUAUAACGUCAACAGAUAUAACAGGGGCAGUUAUAACCCUUAACAGCCAUUACAGGAAACAACAGUCAUAGUGACAGUGUCGGUUAUAACAUUUGAUAGUUGCACGAAAGAUCAGUGACAGUUAUAAGCGUGAACUUCUAUCACUCUGAACAGCCUAAACAGGAAACGUCUAUUAAUGUGAAGAACUAUUACAACGAGCAGGCAUUACAGCGAUAACUUACAGGUAUAACUGCAGAUAAGAACUGUUACCCUCAACAGUUACACCAGUAAAAAUAUAAAACAAUGGAUGACUAAUGCUGAGGGCUGUCAUAGCAGUGAACAGCAAUCAGAGUGAACAGUCAUGACAAUAAAUAACGAACAGCUACUACGCUGAACUGCCACUACGGUGAAGAGCUACUACCCUGAACAGCCACCACGGUGAAGAGCUACUACGCUUAACAGCCACUGCAGUGAAGAGCUACUACCCUGAACUGCCACUGCGGUAAAGAGCUACUACCCUGAACUGCCACUGCGGUGAAGAGCUACUACCCUGAACAGCCACUGCGGUGAAGAGCUACUACGUAUACGCUGAACAGCCACUACGGUGAAGAGCUACUACGCAUACGCUGAACAGCCACUACAGUGAAGAGUUUCUACGCAUACGCUGAACAGCCACUACAGUGAAGAGCUACUACGCAUACGCUGAACAGCCACUACAGUGAAGAGCUACUACGCAUACGCUGAACAGCCACUACAGUGAAGAGCUACUACGCAUACGCUGAACAGCCAUUACGGAGAAGAGCUACUACGCUAAACAGCCACUACGCUGAAGAGCUACUACAGAAGACGAUUAUAUCAUCGUGAACAGCAGUAACAGUGAACUUUGAUUACAUCGAACAAGUGUUACUGUUAACAGGGUAAACUGGAAAGGCUGUGAGGCAGGAUGGAUUUUGACAUGUUUUCGGGCGCGCUGUUUCCUGGUUUUUUCCCAGUCAUGGCAUCGACAAAUCUAAGCAUUCAAGCGAGGACUGCAACAAUAUCUCGCCAUCCCCGACGACGCCAUCCACUGCUUCUGUUUGUCUUGGUAUUUGCCGUCGUCUGUCUCAUCUGUGAGAUACUGAGAGGCUAUAUUAUUUCCCAGGCACUUACCCUAGAACAAUACUUCAAUACCCAGCUCAUCGUUUUUGAGGACAUUGGCUACCUUGCUACCAUUUUGUUUUUUGGAGUCUAUGGUUGCGCUGGAAUUUCAAAUAUUCCACGUUUCAUUGGAACAAGCGUUGUCAUCUACGGUAGCUUUGGGUCUUUGUUCGGUGCUUUUUACUUACUCCUCCCUGUAAUUGGCGACAACGUCGUCCACGACACGACAUUUCACAAAGCAAGCAUGUGUUUACCUGACCAGCCUUACAACAGAACGUGUAAUCAAGAUGGCCGCCUGCCCGGAACCGGAAGUAGUGUGGGGGUUGUUGUCGUCUUCGCCGUGAUGAUGAUGGUGCAGGGCGCAUUUCAGCCGGUCAGGUUUAUUCUCGGUUCCCCUUUCAUUGAACAUGAUGCACCAAACAAGACCCAGGCUACUUUAUAUAACGGGCUAUUGCUUGUGGUGAAUUUCUUCGGACGUCCAUUGGCCUAUGUCUGUGCAACACUGUGCAACACCACGUCGACGGACAAUGCAGAGGAAUCCAAACGUCUUGCCGACCCGUCUUGGGUAGGGGCGUGGUGGAUUGGGACACUGACGGUGAUAUUUGCCGCACCCCUUUGCAUCAGCACCUGGGGCAGGAAGCCGCUGCCGGGACACCCCUGUACGGCAGGACUUUCACUUUGGGAGAAGCUCAAAGAUCUACCUAGAUGUGUCAUUCUGCUGUUAAGCAACUGUGUCUUUGUGACCAUGCUCGGGGGCAUCAGUUGUGCCGCCAUGUUCCUGAUGCGAUCUAUGGAUUAUGAAGUUCAGUACAUCCAGGUCCAGUUCUAUAUGUCGGCACAACCGGCCUAUCUCAUCACAGCGGUCAAGCUCCUAUUUGUGUUGUUUGUGGGUGCAAUUGCUGGCGCUGUAAUCCCGGCACUUCUCAGAUUGAACAACAAGGGUUGUCUGAAAUUUGCAACUGUUGCCAUGACAACAGCGCUGUUAACAUUCGCGCUUCAACUAUUGCUUGGUUGUGACAACCCGGAUAUCAUGGGGCUUGGUGAGCAGAGGCUCCGAAGUCCUUCCGCGGAUUGUACGUGUGACGUCACUGAAUACUCUCCCCUGUGUGGCGGGGAUGGUCGAAGCUACAUCUCCCCUUGUGAUGCAGGCUGCACCAAUCAAACAGGCACAACGUACACUGGAUGUGUUGGCAUCCCCGGGGGUGAAGGCGUGGCUGGUGUCUGCCCCAGGGAGUGCCCCUACCUGUGGUACUACAUAGUAGCGGAUGUGGUGUCCGGAAUUUGUGCAAUGGCGUCCAGUGUUGCAGUCGUACAGACGAUAAUCAGGAGCAUGACUGCAACGAGGAGAACAAUGGCCCUUGCUCUAACGGGCUUUUUCUGUUGUCUAGUCGCAUGGCUUUCCUCUACAGUCAUCUAUAGACCAGCGAUUGCCAGCUCCUGCAGAAUCAGAGAUCUGUCAUGCGGUCAAACUGGCGCAUGCGCAUUGUAUGACCUGCCGUCACUAAGGACAAAUGAAAAAGGAAUAGGCCUAUGUUUGCAAGGUAGCGCUCUGCUUAUGUUCAUCAUCGCUUAUCUGCUGCACAGGUCAGAUGUUGUCCAUAGUCCAGAAAAAGAUCCAAGGGAUGAAGACCGGGAUGCUGAACCAGUUGACCUUUGAACCCACUCUACCAUCUGACGUUCUUCGCGCACGCAUGAUAAGGUUUAAUGUCAUCACAAAGAUGAUAGGCUGAAACGACCAUAACCUAGUGUGACUGAUCUUUGCGUCUUCCAUGACUCCUCCGACGCUUUGAAUUCUUAAAUGUUAUCAUACGGAUACUUUGGAUGAAACUGAAUUUUUAAAAAUACAUGCUUGUGAGUGUAUUUGACUACCAAGAAAAUAGUAUUUGAUUUUCCGGUUGUGUAUAUUGGAGCUAUAUGGAGGCGUUUUUUACCCAACGUACCCCCACCUCAACAAAAACACCACCACUACACCCCACCCACACCCCCACCCUACCUUCCCAAACCCACACACCACCAUCGACGUCUUACGAACGAUGUCGAGCGGAGGUUUUGGAGUAGUUUCUAGUUGUUGUAUAUCACAUUUACUCCAGAGUUCUAUUACAUUAUAUGUGCGCUACAAGAAUGGAACAAGAGCUUGGAAAAUAUUUAUGUACAUAUUUUAAGAGUAGACAUGUUUGCCUGAACGACCCUUCUCCUUUCCAUUUGCCUAUAUGUAUCAGUGUGCUAUAACACUUAUUGUCGUAUGUCACUCGAUUAUAAUGACCCAUGUGCAUGUUGUAUUUAAUUCGGGGCUGUGGGGUAGCCCAUGCAGUGGUUAAAGCGUUCGCUCGUCACGCCGAAGACCCUUGUCCGAUUCCCCACAUGGGUGCAAUGUGUAAAGCGCAUUUCUAGUGUCCCUCGCCGUGAUGUUGCUGGAAUAUUGCUAAUAGGGGCGUGAAACCAUCCUCACUCGUCACUGCAAUUAAUUCAUCUAAAAAAACUCGUUUUUAUAUAUUUUACAGACGCUUCGAUCACCCAGCGUCUAGAGUUAUGCCCCUUUGACUGACUUUGAAGUAUAUUUUUACCUGUUGCCUUUCAUGUUCCCGUUAUGUGAAACGAAUUUGUUUUUAUGCAAUUGUUGUCAGUUAGGUUAUCAUUUUGUUUAUACUUGAGUCUUUCUUGGGUAGCCCACGACUUUAUGCUAAAUUCAAACACCAUUUAUCAAUAUUCUUGAGACUAUUAUACCGGGAUAAUCAUGUACAUGGUUGUGACUUGAAACUCAACAUGUGAAACACUGUUUAUGUUGUUCUUAUCCACAUACUGACAGAAUAAAGAAAGUACACUGGCAAUGUGUCACAUUGACCCACACCUGACUCCUGGCUAGUCAAAAUGUCCGAAAGAUGGAACGGUCUAAGGAUUCCGAUUUACUGCGUGAGUUCACAUCGGGGUGAUUGAAACGCUGAGCCUUUAACAGGCAUUGAAGUCAAGCACCAGAUAUAUUUGAUGAACAAGAUCACAAACUCUGUAGACCUAAGUUACCCGAGUCUUUAAACUGAAUUUUUAACGGAGCGCUCAGCUCUUCAUUGAAAACUCGGUAUUUUCAGCUCUAUUCCACCAUGGCGAAUUUUCACUGUUCAUGCGCGAUAUUGAGUCUAAUAUAAUUGAUGUUUUUAAGUGAGCUGCCACUUGGACAUGUAAAAAUCCAUAAUAGCCUUUCUAUUUUUAAUUCAAUCCACUAUUUCAUCAAACCACCCCUGUGUUGUUACCGAUAGAGUGUCUGCCUGGAGGGCGGAAGGUCGAGGUCGAACCCUAACCGCGUCAUAUAGAAAGAUGACACUUCUUGUUACCCUGCCUGGCGUUCGGGAUGAAGGGGAUCAAAGUAACGGUCUUUUUAAUGGUCUGGGUAUUCAAAUUAAAGCAGCAUAAUAAUUA